CCUCCCCCGAAAUCCCCGACUUUCCCCCCUAAAAUCCCUAAUUUCCCACAUCCAAGAAAGAAACCACUUAUUCAAUUCUGUGGUUCAUCCCAACCGAAGCCAAGUCAGUUGUUGUUUGUUCUUCGUCUUAAAACUCCCAAAUUCCGGUAAAGGUUUUUCGGUUUUAGAAUCUUCGCGAUGCGGCACACAGUGCUGUACAUAUGCUUGCGAGAGAGAUGGCGAUAGAUACCGAGCAAAAGUCACCCUCCGAUGGCAAAGUUCGGGGAAUUUUUAAGCUGCCUUUUCGCCAAACCGGGAAUAAUACCAGAACUACUCCGUCUUUUUCUUCAGCGUCUAAUCUAUACGUUCAAACUCAACCUCAUGCCAAAGGAUCGAAUCAUCACGGCUCUGCCAUUUCGGUUUCCUCCAAAGGACGCUUGACAUUAUGAUUUUAUAAGGCUAACAAAUAAAUAAAUAAUACCCAGCGUUUUCAUCACCAAUUAUAAUAUUUCUUUGCCCUAUAAUUUGGGGAUUUUGAAUCUGUAGUCUUUGACUGGUUCAAUUGCAAUACAAUCAUGGGAUCUGUCGAUGAAGAGAGAUCGCUGUUGGAAGCUGAACUUGAUCGGGCUGAAAACAGUGGGCUUUACACUGGGGAUGGCUCUGUUGACUUUAAUGGGAAUCCUGUUUUGAAGCAAAAUACUGGAAAUUGGAAAGCAUGCCCUUUCAUUUUGGGUAAUGAAUGUUGUGAGAGAUUGGCUUAUUAUGGGAUAGCAACUAAUCUUGUAAGUUACUUGACCAAGAAACUACAUGAAGGAAAUGCAUCAGCUGCAAGGAAUGUGACUACUUGGCAAGGAACUUGUUACGUUACACCUCUCAUUGGAGCUGUUUUAGCAGAUGCAUAUUGGGGAAGAUAUUGGACAAUUGCUGCUUUCUCCACUAUUUACUUCAUUUUUCAAACAACUGCACCAAAGAGCUGUUUCAUGCACCCUCCGGGUGCCAUUCUAGCCCCCGGUGAGAGCAUCAUAGUAACGGUCUUCAAGUUCGUGGAGCCUCCUGAGAACAAUGAAAAACAGAUGGAUCAAAAGAGCAGGGUUAAGUUUAAAAUCAUGAGUCUUAAGCCCAUGAGCAUGGUCUUGCCAGGUGUUGUUGGGUUUAAACUAUUAGGAAAACUGAGGGAUGGUGUGACGGCUACUGAUUUGGUGUUGACAAUUACUCAAAUGCUAAGGAAGCAUGGGGUUGUUGGCAAGUUUGUGGAAUUCUAUGGUAGAGUCUUCAAUUCAGCCUCUAUUUUAAGACGGAUUCAUUGUUUCUGGGCUGCUUCACGUAGAUAUUUCCUUCCACUUCUAUAUACAGGAGAAGGCAUGGGUAAAUUGUCAUUAGCUGACCGUGCCACUAUUGCCAACAUGUCUCCUGACUAUGGUGCAACCAUGGGAUUUUUCCCUGUGGACCAUCUCACUCUGCAAUAUCUACAAUUGACUGGCAGAAGUGAUGAGACUAUUGCUAUGAUAGAAUCCUAUUUACGGACUAAUAAGAUGUUUGUAGACUACAACGAGCCUCAGAUUGAGAAAGUAUACUCUUCUUACUUGGAACUGAAACUUGAGGAUGUUGAACUCUGUAUAUCAGGGGCCAAAGAGCAGGGAUGAUGAAGAUGAUUCUGUUGCCAAGAUGAAGGCGGCUGAGGAAGCCUUGGAAGCAAAACAAAAAGUAACAAAUAGCUUGUCUGCUACCUGUUCUUUUUUUUUUUUUUUUAUCAUGUUUUAUAAUUUUGUGACAAAUAGUUCUUGGUACUCUGAAGAUAUUUAUGGAAAAUUACCCUAUGAUUCUAUUGUAUUUAUACUGCAUGGCUGCACCAUGUAUUUCUUAACUAGUUUGAUAAAUUUUAUGUGUGGUGUUUAAUUUUUCGUUA